UUUGUGUUAAUGGUUCCUGUCUUUGUCUCUCGGUCUCAAUUCCUUUUUUUUUUUUUCCUGAGUUUUUCUGUUCUGUCUUUUUUUGGGUAAUGCCCAGAUUGUUCAGUAUCCCAAAAGCUUUGAUCAAAUACAAUUCGAAGGAAUUCCCAAUUCCUGUUGUGCUUAUUGCUGGGAAUAAUCUUGCGGCUGAAGUAACUCGGAGAUUUCGCAUGAUCGCCUGAGAUUCUUGUAUUAUACGCUCUUGGUUAUAAAGAAAGAAAGAUGAAUGCAAUGAGUGAGGAGAAGGGGAUGAUGACGAAGAAGAAAACGCUGGGGAAUGGAGUCGUGGGAAUACUGGCAGAGUCAGUGAACAAGUGGGAAAGAAGAGCGCCCUUGACGCCGUCCCACUGCGCUCGUCUUCUGCACGGUGGCAAGGACAAGACCGGCAUUUCCCGCAUUGUCAUUCAGCCUUCUACUAAGCGCAUCCAUCACGACGCUCUCUACGAGGACGUUGGUUGCGAGAUUUCUGAUGAUUUGUCAGAAUGUGGACUCAUCCUAGGGAUCAAACAGCCCAAGCUUGAAAUGAUUCUCCCCGACAGAGCAUACGCUUUCUUUUCGCACACUCACAAGGCACAGAAAGAGAACAUGCCCUUGUUGGAUAAGAUUCUAGCAGACAGGGUUACACUAUAUGACUAUGAGCUCAUUGUCGGGGAUCACGGGAGACGACUGCUUGCAUUUGGUAAAUAUGCAGGGAGAGCUGGACUUGUCGACUUCUUACAUGGACUUGGACAGAGAUACCUAAGUCUUGGAUACUCAACGCCUUUCCUAUCUCUCGGUUCAUCCUAUAUGUAUUCCUCCUUGGCUGCGGCCAAAGCUGCCGUGAUUUCCAUAGGCGAAGAGAUUGCAACUCAGGGACUACCAUCCGGGAUAUGCCCUCUCGUGUUUGUUUUCACGGGGACAGGAAACGUUUCUCUUGGAGCCCAGGAAAUUUUCAAGCUUCUUCCUCACACUAUGGUUGAACCAAACCGGCUUCCUGAACUAUUCGAAAAAGCCAAGGGCGUUAGCCAAAACGGACUAUCUACGAAGAGAAUUCAUCAGGUGUACGGAUGUAUCGUCACCAGUCAAGACAUGGUUGAACAUCUAGACCCGACAGAGGCUUUCGACAAAGUGGACUAUUACACACACCCGGAACAUUACAAGCCGGUUUUUCACGAAAAGAUAGCUCCAUAUACAUCUGUUCUCGUUAAUUGCAUGUAUUGGGAGAAAAGAUUUCCUCGUCUUUUGAGCACCGAGCAGCUUCGAGAUCUGACGGAUAGAGGAUGCCCGCUCGUCGGGAUAUGCGAUAUUACCUGUGAUAUCGGCGGCUCCAUCGAGUUUGUUAACCGAGCUACUCUUAUCGACUCACCUUUCUUCAGGUUUGAUCCGAUGAACAAUUCUUACCACAACGACAUGGAAGGAAACGGUGUCCUAUCCAUGGCCGUGGACAUUCUCCCGACAGAAUUUGCAAAGGAGGCGUCGCAGCAUUUCGGGGACAUUCUGUCCCAAUUCAUUGGGAGUUUUGCUUCGACAACAGACAUCGAAGAACUACCGCCGCAUCUGAAGAGAGCGUGCAUUACCCACGGGGGAAUGCUCACGUCUUUGUUCGAGUACAUUCCUCGUAUGAGGAGCUCUGAUCCUGAAGAUACGGCAGAUAAUACUGAAACCGGAUUCUCCAACAAGAACACAUACAAUACUUUGGUAUCUCUGAGCGGGCACUUAUUCGAUAAAUUUCUGAUAAACGAAGCUCUGGACAUUAUUGAAGCUGCGGGUGGAUCCUUUCAUUUGACGAAAUGCCAUGUUGGGCAGAGCACUGAUGCUGAGUCAUAUUCGGAACUUGAAGUCGGUGCCGAUGACAGAGCAGUUUUGGAUCAAAUUAUCGAUUCCUUGACACGCUUAGCUAAUCCGAAUGAAGAUUAUGUGAAUCCAAGUAAAGAAACAAAUAAGAUCUCUCUGAAGAUUGGCAAGGUGCAGGAGGAGAAUGGCGCCAAAGAGAAACCCGAGAUGAUGACGACGAAGAAGAAAUCGACGGUUCUGAUUCUUGGCGCUGGACGGGUCUGCCGCCCAGCCGCUGAGCUCCUAGCUUCGGUUGGAAACAUCUCGGCUCAGCAGUGGUACGAGGCUUGUUUGGGAUCUGAUCCCGGAGAACAAACUGAUGUUAGGGUUCUUGUCGCAUCUCUCUAUCUUAAAGAUGCUAAAGAGACGGUUGAAGGUAUUCCAAAUGCGGAAGCAAUUCAGCUCGAUAUCUCAGAUAGCGAAAGCCUCCUCAAGUAUAUUUCUCAGGUUGAUGUUGUGAUAAGUCUAUUACCUGCAAGUUGUCAUACGGUUGUCGCAAAGACUUGCAUCGAGAUGAAGAAGCAUCUUGUCACUGCAAGCUAUGUCGAUGAUGCAACCUCGAUGCUUCAUGAGAAGGCCAAGAAGGCCGGAAUCACGAUUCUCGGUGAAAUGGGACUGGACCCAGGAAUCGAUCACAUGAUGGCGAUGAAAAUGAUCAACGAUGCUCAGGUUCGGAAGGGAAAAAUCAAGUCUUUCACCUCUUACUGUGGAGGGCUUCCCUCUCCCGCUGCAGCAAACAAUCCGUUGGCGUAUAAAUUCAGCUGGAACCCUGCUGGAGCAAUUCGAGCUGGUCGCAAUCCCGCAACUUACAAGCAUAACGGUGAAACAGUGCAUAUUGAUGGGGAGAAUCUGUAUGAUUCGGCGACAAGAUUCCGGAUAGCUGAUCUUCCAGCUUUCGCGUUGGAGUGUCUUCCGAAUCGCGACUCCUUGGUUUAUGGAAAAAUCUACGGGAUUGAGAAUGAAGCAUCUACGAUAUUUCGUGGAACCCUCCGAUACGAAGGAUUCAGCGAGACUAUGGGAACGCUCGCGAAACUCGGAUUCUUUGACAACGAAGCAAACCAAUCACCCGCGGUCGGGAAGAGGAUCACCUUCAGUGAUUUGUUGAGCAAAAUUCUCGAAAUGGGCGGAGAGAAUGGGACGGGACCGGUAACUGGAGAGAAGGCUAUAAGCGAGAGGAUUUCCAAUCUUGGGCAUAACAGAGAAGCCGCAGCGAAAGCGGCGAAAACCAUUGUAUUCUUGGGAUUCAACGAGGAGAGGGAGAUUCCGGCUUCGUGCAAGAACAUGUUCGAUGCAACUUGUCUUCUGAUGGAAGAGAAGCUCGCCUUUUCGGGCGACGAACAGGAUAUGGUGCUUCUGCAUCACCAAAUAGAAGUCGAGUUCCCGGAGAGCCGAAGAACAGAGAUCCGCAGGGCGACUAUGUUAGAGUUCGGGAGCACGAAGAACGGGGCCACGACGACAGCCAUGGCCAAGACGGUCGGAAUCCCCGCAGCCAUUGGAGCUCUGUUAUUGAUGGAAGACAAGAUCGAGACCCGUGGCGUCUUAAGACCGAUCGAACCAGAAGUUUACUUGCCAGCUUUGGAGAUAUUGCAAGCUUACGGUAUCAAGCUGAUGGAGAAGACCGAAUAACUGCUGCCGCUUUUUCCCCCCAAUUAUUUUGGAUAUUCUACCUUUAUAUAUAUAUAAAAUAAACCAAAAACUAUAUAAAUAUUAUUAAAUAAAACGUCAACUGAUGUAUUCCCCUCGUAUUUUGUGGAUUCGGAGGUUAAAAAUAAAUUGGGCCUAGGAUUCGACUGACCCAAGCUUUUUUUUAUAAUUAUUAAAGAUAA